CCAACCGGUAAUCAUGGUGAGCGAGAAUGAUCAACAAGACCUGGAGUUCCUGUGGAAGUGGCGCAGGUACCUGCUGCUGCUCGCCACGCUGGUCGCCAGCGUCACCUACGGCGCCGGCCUCAACCCGCCCGGCGCCGUCUGGUCGCAGGACCAGGUGCCAGGCAGCAACAGUGCUCGAGAGCACCGCGCCGGUGCUGUCCACCGUCCGACGCCGUUGGCUCCGGCGCCCGCCGCGGUCUACCCUUUCCGCGUCGGCGACCCGGUGCUGGUGUCCACCUACUCGCAUCGGUACACCGUCUUCUUCUACUGCAACGCUACCGCCUUCGUUGCGUCCCUGGUCAUCAUCAUGUUCCUGCUGGAUCGGCGCAUCAGCAACAACCCCGUCGGCCUCGCCGUGCUCCGCCUCGCCAUGCUGCUCGACCUGCUUGCCCUCAUGGCCGCGUUCGCUGCUGGGAGCUGCCGCAACGUGGUCGCGUCCAUCUAUGUCUCGGCGCUCUUCGCCGUCGUCUUCGUCUACGUCGCCAUCCACCAUCAUGUGCCCUUGAGGGGGAAAGCGCCGGACGCGCCCACGAACACGGAGGAGAAGAGGCGCCUCAAGGAGCGGCGCAAGUUCCUCUUCCUGCUUGCCACCUUCGCGACGCCAUUGACGUACGCCGCGGGGCUGGCGCCCCCGGGAGGCUUCUGGAGCGAGACCAUGGCUGGGCACCGCGCCGGCGCCCCACUGCUGCACGACGGGCGCUACAAGAUCCGCUACCACGCCUUCUUCUACGCCAAUGCAAAUUCCUUCGUCGCCUCCCUCGCCAUCAUCAUGUGGCUCAUGAUCAACACGUUGAGGGACCGCCUCGGCCACUCCGAACCGCUUCUUGUGUGCGUUCUGGUGGAGCUGGUCGGCCUCAUGGCCGCCUACGCCGCCGGAAGCUGCAGGUGGAUUACCACCACCGUGUACAUCGUAUCCCUCAUCGGCGCCGUGCUCCUCUACAUUGUGCUGCACGCCGCGGUCGUUCAAGGGUUGUUCAACUUCAAUAUAUGUGGGGAAGCCAUCCUUCAAAAACUUAAGAGCAUCGAAACAACAAUCACCGUUGAUGAUGGGCAGGAAGACAAGCUGGAGCAGUCGCGGUCGCUUGUUCUGCUGUUAGCCACGCUGGCGACGACAGUGACCUACCAGGCAGGGCUGAACCCGCCCGGCGGCGUCUGGCCGGAAGGGCAACCGAACCACACCGCGGGGAACCCGGUUCUCCACGACAUGCACCCCAAGAGGUACAUGGCGUUUUAUCACUGCAACACGGCGGCGUUCGUGGCGUCGGUGGUCGUCAUCAUCAUCGUCGAGAGCAAAAGGUUGAGCACCGUUUGGGGUGCCAUGCUACUCAAGACUGCCAUGGUACUGGACCUGUUCGGCCUCACGGGCGCCUAUGUCGCCGGGAGCUGCCGGGACACCACCACCACCAUCUAUGUGUCUGCCCUGGCCGUCGCCGUCUUCGUCUACUCCAUCGCCAAGGUCAUCGCCUUCAAGGCUGGAGGCAAGCUGAGCUUGGCGAUGCGGUGCAUGCAAAGCAUCGGCAAUAAGCUUCUAUCGUGCAUGCCAUCCUCGCCCUCGUCUGAUGAGUUAGAAAUAUUAGAGCUCGAGAGGACGCGUAAGUUUUUGCUGCAGCUCGCCAUUCUCGCUGCCACCGUCACGUACCAGACCGGACUGAACCCGCCCGGCGGGUUCUGGCAAGAGACAGAGAGCAAGGGCGAAAGGUCGCUGACCGCCGGCGACCCGGUUCUCCUCGACCACUACGGGGUCAGGUACCAAGUGUUCUUCUACUGCAAUGCAACGGGGUUCAUGGCGUCCGUCGCCGUCAUUCUCCUCCUGGUGCACCCGACAUUGUCAAAGGAGGGCAUUCGGAGCAUGGCGCUCCAGGUCUGCGUCAUUGUCGGGCUUCUGGGCCUGAUGGGUGCCUAUGCCACAGGCAGCUGCCGGAAGCUGCGCACCUCCAUCUAUGUAUUUGCGCUCGUUGCUGCGGUGGUCGCCUUCCUCGUCCUAGAGAUCCUGUUAUAUUUGUACGCCAGACGUCGCCAUUUCUGGUUUCCACAGUGCCUGCAGAAGCUGCAGCUGCUCAAGCCGCUUUCGUCGGCGCCGGACGGCCGGAACAAAGGCAAGGGGCCAACGUACCCCAUGCGCAAGUCCCUGAUGCUGCUCGGCAUCCUCGCGGCGAGCGUGACAUACCAGGCAGGUCUCGCGCCUCCAGGCGGCACGUGGGGCGACGAUGAUACCGCGUCCUACCCUUCGUUAUUGCUUGCGCCAUCGCCACCCGCUUCAUACCUCUCCCACGCCGGCAACCCGAUCCUACUCGACACUUACCCAAAACGGUACCAGGCCUUCUUCUACUGCAACGCGACAUCCUUCGUAGCCUCCAUCGUGGUCAUAAUGCUGGCGCUGCAUGGCACCGUGAAGAAGGGCGGCACGCCGUUCUGGGUGAUACAUGGUAUGCGGGCCGCCAUGGUGCUGGACUUGCUCGGCCUGCUGGGCGCCUAUGCCGCCGGCAGCUGCAGAGACUCGGAGACAUCCGCGUACGUCAUCACGCUCGUGACUGCAGUGGUCGUCUUCAUCACGAUCUACGUCAUGUUGUCGAUUGGACGCCGCGCUGAUGAUGAUCUGUCAGAUGAAAUAAUACCGGUCACCAGUUUGUUGUAACUAACUAAUUCUGCUUAUUUACAUUCCUUUGAUUUGUAGUUUUUCCUUAUAAUCCCCUUGAUUUGCAAAGCUCCUAAUCAUGAGACUUGUGCUCGAUUUUUGGUUGUACACUGUCUGUCUGUAUGCCGCCUAUGUCCUGUACACAUUAUGUUUGAUUUG